AUGCCUCCUUCCGAAAAUUUAAAUCAAGAAUUGGAACCCUAUGACUACCGACACCCCCUUUAUAUUGGUGAUUGGAGAAAAUCUAUCGCUUACCUUGAUGAAGAUUUCGCCAGAGAUGAUUUGGAUGAACCUCAUAUGAAGCGAAGGAUAACCAUCUUAAGGCAACACCCAGAAAUCGAACAAUUAUACGGAUACGAUAUUAAAACGAUACCAAUCGCCAUUUUAGUCGACCUGAUACAAAUUCUUUCCGCGUAUAUAUUUGGGCGCAUUGCAUUGGAUCAUAAUUGGGCGAUAAUCAUAUAUGCCUUCGUCGUUGGAGGAUCGAUGACUCAACUUAGUUUUAUCAUCAUUCACGAAGCGGCCCAUUGUCUUGCCGCCCCAACGAGAUGUCAAAAUCGAAUUGUUGGACUCUUGGCGAAUAUAGCGAUUCCUUUACCCAUAGCAAUGUCAUUUCGUCGAUAUCAUUUGGAGCAUCAUGUAUUCCAAGGCGUGGAUGGGUUUGAUCCCGAUUUACCUUUAGAUUGGGAGAAGAGAUUUAUUCGCGGCAAUACCUUUUUGAAGCUGUUAUGGCUUAACUUGUAUCCAGUGAUCUAUCUCCUCCACGUUAUCAUAUAUUACUUUUGUGGAGUGAGAGGGUUACUCUAUCUAUUCCUAUCAAUUUGGUUUGGUUAUAGCAUUCAUCCCGUGGCCGCUCACUUCAUUCAAGAACAUUAUACUUUUGAUGAUGGGCAAGAGACAUAUUCUUAUUAUGGAACUUUAAAUAGUAUUUUCAUGAAUAUAGGGUAUCACAAUGAACAUCACGAUUUCACAAGGAUCCCGUGGUCCAAAUUACCCGAAAUACGUCGGAUAGCGACUGAAUAUUACGAUGAUUUAGCUUAUCACACAUCCUGGUUUAUGGUGCAUUGGAAUUUUGUCACUAAGAGUCAAUUUGGACCGCAGAGCCGCGUAAGGAGAAGCGUGCGAGAUCACAAAAAAGGUCGAAAGAUGUUAAGUGUUUUGAAAAAAGCUUUAACAGAAGAAUGA